AUGGAUGCCAAUCUGGGGUCUCUCGACCGAGUCUAUGAAGCCCUGGCCGCCUCCCGGUGGGGGCAGAGGUUAUGGAACCAAGCGACGGAGAUGGUGCGGGGGUACGGCCUCGUUGGCCAACGAAACAGAGAAACAAAGAAAGAAAACCCGAACGCGAAGGAGGUUUGGUCCCAUGCACGAAAGCUCGCCAUGUGGUGGUUGGUCACCACUGCCGCGCUCGCCGUGCUCGUCCCGCUCGAUGGCCCACCGGUGCUGAACUCUCCGGUCUACUCGCUCGCGACCCUCAACGACGACGGCUCGACCAACAUGCAUAUCCUCACCUACGCGACGCCGAUCGGCAUCGCGCCGCGGACGUGGGCGCUCUCUCUGUACCGUCCGACGCGCACGCACGCGAACUUUGCCAGCCGGCGAAGCGGGGUGCUGCAGUUGCUAACGGAGGAGCACGUUGGGCUCAUGCACGUGCUGGGAGGCCAGUCCGGCGCCGACGUCGACAAGGCUGCCGCCUGCGCCCAAGCUGGGUUCGGCUGGGUGGACGCACCCGAGCAGUGUGUGACGGACGGCACGUGGCCCGCUGACGGGCCGCAGCUGCUUCCGGGCUGCGCCGCGUACCUGCGCCUCGUGCAGGAGGACGGCGACCGGCUGCGCGCCUUUGGCGAGCACGAGAUGGCCGUCUGCCGCGUCGAGGGCAUGCUCGAGGGCCUCGGGGAGGGGCGGGCGGGCUUCGAUCGGGCGCUCUCGACGCGCACAUGCCGCGACUUGGGCCUCAUCACCGAUCGCGGAAAGGCUGUGCCGCCGGAGGCACGGGCGAUUGAGCUGGGGCAGAUUAGCUGA